AUGGGGGCGAUGUUCCGGAGCGAGGAGAUGGCACUUUGCCAACUCUUCAUUCAGCCGGAGGCAGCUUACACUUCCGUCUCCGAGCUGGGAGAAGCAGGGUCCGUGCAGUUCAGGGAUCUGAACCCGGACGUGAACGCGUUCCAAAGGAAGUUCGUGAACGAGGUGCGCCGCUGCGAUGAGAUGGAGAGGAAACUGCGCUACAUCGAGGUGGAGGUCCACAAGGACGGGGUCCACGUGCCGCAGGUCAAGGAGUCGCCCCGCGCCCCCAACCCUAGGGAGAUCAUCGAUCUGGAGGCGCACUUGGAAAAGACGGAGAACGAGAUACUGGAGCUUUCGCACAACGCGGUGAACUUGAAGCAGAAUUACCUGGAACUGACCGAGCUGAAGCACGUCCUCGAGAAGACUGAGGCGUUCUUCGUAGCCCAAGAGGAGAUCGGCAUGGAUUCCCUGACAAAGUCGCUGAUAUCGGACGAGACGGGCCAGCAAGCGGCGGCGAGGGGCCGGCUCGGCUUCGUGGCGGGCGUGGUCCAGCGCGAGAGGGUGCCCGCCUUCGAGCGGAUGCUGUGGCGCAUCUCGCGCGGCAACGUCUUCCUGAGGCGCGCCGAGCUGGACAAGCCCCUCGAGGACCCCACUUCCGGCAACGAGAUAUACAAGACGGUGUUCGUGGCGUUCUUCCAAGGCGAGCAGCUGAAGUCGCGCAUCAAGAAGGUGUGCACCGGGUUCCACGCGUCGCUGUACCCGUGCCCGCCCUCCAACGGCGAGCGCCAGGACAUGGUCAAGGGCGUGCGCACCAGGCUCGAGGACCUCAACAUGGUGCUGAACCAAACCCGCGACCACAGACAACGCGUCCUGGCCAGCGUGGCCAAGGAGCUGGCCAGCUGGUCCAUCAUGGUGCGCAAGAUGAAGGCCAUCUACCACACCCUGAACCUGUUCAACAUGGACGUCACCAAGAAGUGCCUCAUCGGCGAGUGCUGGGUGCCAACCGCCGACCUGCCAAAUGUGCAGAAGGCACUGGCAGAUGGAUCGAAUGCUUGCGGCAGCUCGAUCCCCUCGUUCCUGAACUGCAUUGAGACCGACGAGGAGCCGCCCACCUUCAACAGGACCAACCGCUUCACGCGCGGCUUCCAGAACCUGAUCGACGCGUACGGUGUCGCCUCCUACAGGGAGUGCAACCCAGCUUUGUACACGAUCAUAACAUUCCCGUUCCUGUUCGCGGUGAUGUUCGGCGACCUGGGCCACGGCCUCAUCAUGGCCAUGUUCGGCGCGUGGAUGGUCACCAAGGAGGUGUCCCUCGCCGCUAAGAAGUCGAACAACGAGAUCUGGAACAUAUUCUUCGCGGGCCGCUACAUCAUUCUUCUCAUGGGCUGCUUCUCCAUGUACACCGGCCUCGUGUACAACGACAUCUUCUCCAAGUCGAUGAACAUCUUCGGCUCCACCUGGUUCGUGCCAUACGACAACGACACCCUGGAGAAGAACGGCGCCCUCACCCUGGACCCCAAGGACUCCUACGUCGACAGGCCCUACUUCAUCGGAAUCGACCCGAUCUGGCAGACCGCUGACAACAAAAUCAUUUUCCUCAACUCAUACAAAAUGAAACUGUCCAUCAUCUUCGGCGUGGUCCACAUGAUCUUCGGUGUCUGCAUGAGCGUUGUCAAUUACAAUUUCUUCAAGCGCCGCUACUCCAUCUUCCUCGAAUUCAUUCCUCAAGUCGUUUUCUUGUGCCUGUUGUUCCUCUACAUGGUCUUCAUGAUGUUCUACAAGUGGGUCGCCUACAGCACAAUGUCCGAAGAUCAAGCGUACAGCCAGGGCUGCGCGCCGUCCGUGCUGAUCCUGUUCAUCAACAUGAUGCUGUUCUCGAGCAACGAGCCGGAGCCGGGCUGCAAGGAGUUCAUGUUCGAGGGCCAGGGCACCAUCCAGCGCGUGUUCGUGCUGGUCGCGCUCUGCUGCAUCCCCGUCAUGCUGCUGGGCAAGCCGCUCUACCUACUCGCCGCCGGCAAGAAGAAGCACGCCAAGGCGGAGCAGUCGAACGGCAGCGUGGGCCAGGGCAUCGAGCUGCAGGAGCAGACCGACCUGGAGGGGGCGCCCCCGGCCAAGGCCGCGCCCCACGACCACGAGGAGGAGCCCUUCAGCGAGAUCAUGAUCCACCAGGCCAUCCACACCAUCGAGUACGUGCUCAGCACCAUUUCGCACACCGCCUCCUACCUCCGGCUGUGGGCCCUGUCGCUCGCUCACGCAGAUUUACUUCUUCAAGACGCAUUGAAAGUAGCCACUGAGAUUGUUUUAGUGACCAGAAAUGCCAGUGUUGAAUGGCAUUUCAGGAAUGCAAAUUUAAAUAAGACUCGUAUUUCCAGGGUGGAGUUCAUGAGCAAAUUCUACGCGGGCCUCGGCUACAUCUUCCAGCCCUUCUGCUUCAAAACGAUCCUCGAACAAGAGGACGAUGAA